GUGUGCGGGGCGUGGGGCUGCCUCUUCCCGGAGGAAGAUGGCUGCCGUGACCGCUCUCAGGAGCAGCUGCAGGACUGCGGGGCGCCUGGUUUGUGUUCACCACGUUAGAUCGUGCAGCAGCAUCCGCUUUAUAAAAUCAAAAUAUGCGUGCGUGUUUGACAAAUCUGCCUUCAACUUUAGUCAGCAGCAGCGAUUAUUCAGAACAUCUGCUGUUUCAAGUGGCCAAAUUGUCCAGUUUAAGCUUUCUGAUAUUGGAGAGGGUAUUACAGAGGUGACUGUGAAAGAAUGGUAUAUAAAAGAAGGUGAUAGUGUUUCUCAGUUUGAUAGCAUCUGUGAAGUGCAAAGUGAUAAAGCUUCUGUUACUAUUACUAGUCGUUAUGAUGGCAUCAUUAGAAAACUCCAUUACAAUUUAGAUGAAAUAGCUUAUGUUGGAAAACCACUUGUGGACAUUGAAAUUGAUGCUUCAAAAGGUGUUGCUCCAGAAGAGGAUGUUGUUGAAACACCAGCUAUGUCUCAUGAGGAACACACACACCAGGAGAUAAAAGGUCACAAAACAUUAGCAACGCCUGCAGUUCGUCGUCUUGCUAUGGAAAACAAUAUUAAAUUGAGUGAAGUUAUUGGAACAGGGAAAGAUAACAGAAUCCUGAAGGAAGACAUUCUCAAUUUUUUGGCCAAACAAACGGGAGCUAUCCUACCUCCAUCACCAAAGGCGUUGUCAAAAUCAGAGACAGCGCCAACUGCUCCAAAGGACAGAGCGCGCAAAAUUCCAACACCUGUUUCCAGACCCAUUGUGUUUUCAGGAAAAGAUAAAACCGAACCUAUAACAGGUUUUCACAAGGCAAUGGUAAAGACUAUGAGUGCUGCCUUAAAGAUCCCUCACUUUGGUUAUUGUGAUGAGAUUGAUUUGACUCACCUUGUUCAGUUGCGAGAAGAGCUCAAACCUUUAGCACAAAGUCGUGGAAUUAAGCUUUCCUUUAUGCCUUUCUUCAUAAAGGCAACUUCUCUAGGAUUAUUGCAGUAUCCCAUUCUUAAUGCCUCUUUGGAUGACAGCUGUCAGAAUGUCACUUACAAGGCUUCACACAACAUUGGAGUUGCUAUGGACACAGAACAAGGUUUAAUUGUCCCAAAUGUGAAAAAUGUUCAAGUCAGUAGUAUCUUUGAGAUUGCUUCUGAAUUAAAUCGCCUACAAGCCUUGGGCUCUGCCAGCCAACUGGGAACAAAUGACCUCACUGGGGGAACAUUCACCCUUUCAAAUAUUGGCACAAUUGGUGGUACUUACGCCAAGGCAGUGAUUCUACCUCCUGAAGUCGCUAUUGGAGCACUUGGAAAGAUACAGGUUCUUCCUCGAUUUAAUGGGAAAGGUGAAGUAUUUAAAGCACAGAUAAUGAAUGUGAGCUGGUCAGCUGAUCACCGUAUUAUUGAUGGAGCUACAAUGGCCCGUUUUUCUAACCUCUGGAAAUCUUAUUUGGAGAACCCUGCUUCGAUGCUGCUAGACCUUAAAUAAAGGAAAUCAUGGCUAGAAUAUGCCUUUAAACUGUGUUAGACUGAAUAACUACAAAAGCUGGCUUUGCUAGCACAUGCCCUUUGCUACUCAUAUUAUAUAAUAACUUUCUGUGGUUAAAAGUUCUCAACAGCUGAUAUCAGUCUAUCAAUUAAUUGUUACUUCUUUUAAUUAGUAGUGCUGUAUUUUCUUCUACAGCAGGCUGUCAAUAGGUCAUGGCACAACUUCUGAAUAUGGUGAUGGAUUGUCUUUAUUUUGCCUUCUGUAAUACAUAUGAUUGUAAGACUGGUGUAAAUGAAUCACUGAUCUACAUCUGUCAUAUUUUUAAACAGGUUAGCUCAUUUUGAAGGUGAAAACGCACAGUUCUUCUUUGUUGGAAACAAAUUUAUCUUAACAGAUAAUAUCAAAAUUUCCGAAAGAAGUUAUGCAAAAUUAAAUGCAAAUAAAAUGCCAAUUAUGCUUCUGCUGUAA